AUGCUGGCAGCGCUGGGGAUUAAGGAGAAGUUGGUGAAUGGGGAUAGCAUGGCACAGUUACCGAGUCUGAUGGGGCGCACGUAUACAGGGGUUGUGCUGGCAUGUUUGACGUGUCUUGAUGCCGGGGUGGGGAAUAUGUUUGACGAUGGGCAGGAGAUGUAUGAUGAAAAUGGGAUAGUGGUUGGUGUUAGGUUUACUGAGAAGAUUCUUGAAAGACUGGAAGGUUAA